GUCGUCAAGAACAGACAGCAAAAACUAUCAGACUUUCCUACAGAAAUCUCGAGGCUGCAAAUAAGUCUACAUUUGGUGUACCUUGCUUGUCUCUCUAUGAUUGCAUACCGAUGGGUGAUGAAUUUCAAGACCAAUCUUGCUGGCCCGGUGAUUACACUCUUCUUAACUAGACAUACCACCACUAGUGCAUUCAGCUCGCUGAACACACUGAUUAUCGAUAUCAAUGUUGAAAGCCCAACUACCGCCGCCGCGAGCAGUUUGAUCCCA